AUGGCACCCGCGCUCGGCCUGCUGGCCCCGUCGACCGCCACCGACGCUUUCCCCCAACUAGAGACUCGCCUCGUCUCCAUCCUCGCCGCCAUAGAGUCGACGGCCGCCCUCACAGAACCGGCGACGACCACGACGACUACGACGAUGACCGCCAUGAUCUACCAAGCUGUACGCCGGCUCUCGGCCUGGCUGCUCCUUCUCCUCGUCUUCUCGACCCACUCUGACGCCUCGUCCGCACCGCAGUCGUACGACGACGGCAGCGCCAUCCUCAACCGCGGCCUCGCCUCGACCCCCUUCCGGCGACUGGGCCAGUACAGCCCGCGCUUCGCCGUCUCGCCCGCCGACUACCGCACCCCCCUCCCCGACCAUUGCGAGACGGUACAGCUGCACUCGCUCGAGCGGCACGGCGCACGCCACUUGACAAAGUCGGCCCUCAAGAGUGCAUCGGCGACGCUCGUCAAGCUCCAGUCGUCCAUCCGCGCCGUCCAGGACCUCAGCCGUCUGCUGCCCGAGCACCGCUUCGUCAAGGACGCCUCCCUCGCCAACGCCUCCGACAGCCUCAUCCCCUACGGCGCCCUCCAGGCGUGGUACAGCGGCCGCUCGGCCGCCACCCGCUUCCCGGUGCUCGCAAAGGCGGUCCCCUUUGCCCGCAGCACCGGCGACCUCGACGGCUCGGACCGCGUCAUCCUGACGGCCCAGUACUGGCUCGCCGGCUUCCAUGGCCAGGACGUACCGUUCCACUCGGCACCGCUCGACACCUCGGACGCCGUGCGCACAUUUGCCCGCGCCUCGCUGCCGCUCCCGGACGUCAUCUUUUCCGAGCACGACGGGCAGAACAACACCCUCCACGUCGACACCUGCCCCGCCGCCGAUGCCCUCACCGGCCCGGACACCGAGGACGGCGCCCAGGCUCUCUUUACCAACUCGACGCUGCUCGACACUGUCGGCCGCCGCCUCGACGACCGCCUCCGCACCGCCGGCGUGCGCAACCUCACCCUCAGCGGUACCGACCUCGUCAACCUGUCGAAUCUGUGCGCCUUCGAGACCCUGAUCGACGCCGAGCUGCUGCCCGGCUACCGCGUGCGCCACCGCCCCAGCGGCUUCUGUUCGCUCUUCCGCGACGACGACUGGGAGGCGCUGGGCUACGUCUACGACGUGGGCAAGUACUACGGCGCCGGCUAUGGCAACCCCUACCACCGCGCGCUCGGCCAGGGCUACCUCCGCGAACUGCGGGCCCGCCUGACCAACACGGCCCCCGUCCUCGAUCCGCCGACCAGCCUCAACACGACCGUCGAUGGCGAUCCCGCCCUCUUCCCCGUCGACGACGGUAGGAUCUAUCUCGACACGUCGCACGACAACGAGAUCGGGCCCAUGGUAGCCGCUCUCGGCCUCUUUGAUGGGCCCCGCCUCUCUACCGCCCGCGACGCCCAGCUCCGCCCGCGCGCCUGGCGAUUCAGCCACAUUGCCCCCUUUGGCGGCAAGAUCGAGAUCGAAAAGGUGCGGUGCCGCGCUCGUGCUCCCCAUGCCGAGCAGCAGCAGCAGGGCGGCGGCGCAAGGAGCGAGUACGUCCGCAUCCGCGCAAACGGCCAGCUCCUCUCGACCGAUCGGAGCUGGUGUCCCGCCCCGCCCUCGUCGAGGAGGCGCCGACACGCCUUCCUCUGCCCCCUCGAUGCCUUUGUAGACCGCCUGACAUUUGUACAGACCGACGACGAGUGGCAAAAGUGCUACAUCUAG